CAAGUGCCUGGGAGCCUGGUGAAGUUCGCUGGGCUGGAGGGAGGAGGCAGAUCCCGAGGGGGCUGCAGCCCUGAGCUGGGCUAGCGAGCGGUGUGGGGGCAGAGGCUGGGAAGAGCUGCUGGCGCUCGCCGGCCCGGAGGAGGGGGCGGGCGCAGGGAGGCUGCGAGGGGCUGGAGCUGGUACCGGUUGCUCUGGGGACGGCAGGGGUGCGGGGUCCCCUCUUCGCUUUGCCUGCCCUGCCUCAGCCGCCUCGCAGGGAGGCGGCGGCAGCCAAGCAGCGGGGUCCUCGCUAUGCUGGCGGCAGCUAGGAGCCGGGUCUGCCUGGGCCGGCUCCUGGCCGAAGGGCAGCUGCACGCCCCCCUGCUCCGGCCGGCAGCCCGUGGGAUCGCGGCCACUGCAGCUUCCUCCAGCAGCGCCCACAACCGCAGCCCGGGGGCCAUCAGCUCGGCCGAGAAGAUGUACAAAGUACCAGGUAGUUACAAACCUUCCAACUUUGACAAAAAAAUCCUCAUGUGGACAGGACGCUUCAAGACUGAAGAAGAGAUUCCCUCAAGGAUCCCGCCAGAAAUGCUGGACAUUGCAAGAAACAAAGCUCGAGUAAAAGCCUGUUAUCUAAUGAUUGGACUCACAAUUAUCGCUUGCUUUGCUGUGAUUGCAUCAGCUAGAAGGGCUGAACACCAUGAGUCCCUAACAAGCUGGAACCUAGCAAAGAAAGCCAAGUGGCGUGAAGAGGCUGCAAUAUCAGCAGAAUCUAAGACUAAAUAAUAUUUCUAUUAAAAACUGUGGAUUUGCUAGUAGGAGCAAACACUACAAAAAACAUUACUUGGCAUAAUUAGUGACGGUCUAACUAGUUAGCAGACUGCUAUGUUAAAACAUCAACACAUUGGAGCCCAACAAUGUUGCACUCAAAAAAAUGUUGGGAGGGAAGGGAAUAGGGUGUCUUUUUCUAUGUUACACAGAGAUAUUUUCAGUCCUUGCAGCAGAUGACCAAGGUCAGUUCAAAUCUUUAGAAAGUUCUAAUAAUUCCAGUUUCAAGAGGCUUUAUUUUUUUUGCCUCAAUUUGAUAAAAAUAUGUAACUGUCCACAAAGACAACAUACAUCACCAACCCUGACCUGAAAUCUCUUCCUGCUAGAUCUUGAUUCUGGACAUUUUUCUAUAGACAUAAAAUUAAAGCAUACUAAAAAAAUUAUGCAAGCCACAAGUCAUUUAAAUACUAGGGAAGCCAGUGACUACGUAGUUGGAAAAAUGAAUAGCAUCACUACAGUAUCUCUGUUGAAUCUCGUUUACUAGACCAGGCUGAACUGACACAGUUUACUCACUCAACGUUGUACCUGUGUUAGUACCAGAUAUUAGAGAGACAGGGUCGGAGAGGUAAUCUCUUUCAUUGGACCAACCUCAAAAGCUUGUCUCUCUCACCAACAGAAGUUGGUCCAAUAAAAUAUAUUACCUAACCCACCUUGUCUCACUAAAGUUUACUUAGUUAUUUUGCAAACUCAAACACAAUAGGCAGCAUUUUAGUCUCUACAGACUUCUCCUCUGAAAACUCUUGGGAACUCCCAUUAAAUUAAUUUUACAAAUGAAGAAAGGAUGGUGAUGGUCAGAGGCAUGUGAUGCUUAAGGAGGAGAUAUUUUAAAGGCUAGUUUUAAAAGUCACUUCAUGCAAUAUUUUGUUUAACCCCUCUCCAAAAGCUGAUUUUUCUAGCA